AGUCACUGUUCGUCUUUCCCUCUCUUUCUCGCCCUCCCUGGCGGCCAUCACAACAACAACAACAGCAGCAGCAGCAGCCAACACACCCUCUACCGCCGAUGCAGCAGCAGCAGAGGAUGCACCACCACCACCGCUUGCCGCUGAACACAUUCCCCAGCCAACCAACCAACCAACCAACCCACCGCCCACUGCUGCUGCUGGCGGAAGCUGGCUGUUUGCAGCUGGGAACAGGUGGCGACAGCACAAGUUGCAUUUUCGGCUGGAAGCAGCAGCAGCGGAGGCGAUGCACACUCGCAAGCAGCAGGAUGAGGGAAAUGUCGAGGCUACUUGUCACGCGUGCCAGGUGCACUCGCCUCACACAUGGUAUCGGGCUCGCAUGCCGGCUGCUGCUGUGUUCAUGCAGUGUUCCCAUAUGCGUGAGCAAGGAGCAGCUGUGGACACACACGUCCAUGGUCAUGGUGGCCACAUCCAACCACAGCGACGCAGUCAUGCGCAGCUCCGCUGUCACCAUCACCACCAUCAUCGCCAUCGACUGCACAGCCGCCAUCACACGCCGGCCGACACCAGCCCCAAUCUGGCGUGAGGCAGACAUUGCACAUGUCACUCGCUCUGAUGAAGAGGUGAGCAAUGUCGUUGAAGAGGCGCAUGAAGCGGUGGAACCAACGAAGAUGACAAUGACGAGCGAUGCAGCACCAACACAGCUGUUGAUGUGUGGCUGCAUUUUAGAUGAACUGGCCCUCUGCCUCUUGUCCAUCUCCUCCUGCUCGUCGUCGUCGUCAUUGGUCGCCAACAGCAGCGGUUGCGACCAUGGAUGUGGAGGGUGUGAUGUGCGUCGAUGUGCUGUUGCCUCGCAUGACGACGAUGAUGGUGGUGGGCGGUGGCCGUUCUCUUCCCAAGCCCUCAUGACACGACCAGAGCGAUACACGCACACACGAAUGUGUCAGAAAAGAAGGCGCAAGCUGUUGAGGCGUGAUCGAGACUGCGGCCAACGCAGGCAUUCACGCAGGCAGGCUAGCUCGCUGCUACUACUGAUGCUGCUGUGAUGAUGGCCGUGCGUGUGCAUGUGCGCUGUGCACCGUGUUUGGGGCUGCGCCGAUGAAGACAAGGAAGGACACGGCCCGUGCCCGCCACUCUUCCCUCUUAAUCUCCUCUUUCUGCUCCAUCAGCGAUGACGAUGGUGGUCGUGGCAUGUGAUUGCGCUUCCUUUUUCUGGCUUUGCUGUGGCACAUCGGCUGGCUGGCUGGCUGCAUCAAGCACAGCAGGCAACACACAGCAGUGGAUGCUGGAUUGGAUUGGCUGGGGUUGAUUGGGCGUCGUGUCGUGUCGCCCAUUUCUCCCUUCGUUGUUCAUCUCAACCGAGGACACACACGGCGAUGUGUGCGUGCAUGUGUGUGUGUGCAUCGCUGUCAACCACGCCGACAGCAACACGAUGCACGAGAUGUGCGUGUGCGUGUGCGCAUAUGUCAGGCAGAUGCGUUGAUUGACGACGAGAGGAACCCAUCCACAUCCAACACCCAUGCCCACACGCAUGCCACGCCAUUGCGAGCUGUGCCACCUCAACCAACCCAACUCAACCCAGGCCAAGGAAAGGAAGGGGGAGCAAGGACACAAGACGUUAUGCUCCCAACAGAUGUGUGUUUGUGUGUGUUGAUGGACGGUGUUCUCCUUCCCCCCCCCCUCCAUCACCUUGCCUCUUGCUUCCAUGGCGAUCUGGCUGGGUGGCUGUUGCCCCCUCCCCUUGUUUGUUUUCUCUUCCAGCCCUUUGUGGCUGUUGGCUGUCUGUUGUGACUGUGAGGAGGAGGAGGAGGAGGAGGAGAGAAGAGAAGAAGGGGAUGAGAGGAGGGGUGCAUGCUGUCCACAGCUGUGCAUGUGUGUGUG